AUGUAUGACGGCACAGGGCUCAUCAACCACGGCGUCGACCUCAAGAAGCCCUUCAUCUUCGUCGCCGUCAACUACCGCGUUGCGGGCUUCGGUUUCAUGCCCGGCAAGGAGAUCCUCGCCGACGGGUCUUCGAACCUAGGCCUCCUCGAUCAGCGCAUGGGUCUCGAGUGGGUGGCCGACAAUAUUGCCUCGUUCGGCGGCGAUCCCUCCAAGGUGACCAUCUGGGGCGAGUCGGCGGGCGCCAUCUCCGUGUUUGACCAGAUGGCGCUCUACGACGGCGACAACACGUACAAGGGCAAGCCCCUCUUCCGCGGGGCGAUCAUGAACUCGGGAAGCAUGGUGCCGGCGGACCCCGUCGACUGCCCCAAGGGCCAGGCCGUGUACGAUCUCGUCGUCAGGGAGGCCGGGUGCGCCGGCAAGGCCGACACGCUCAACUGCCUGCGCGACGUGCCCUACCAGACGUUCCUCAAGGCCGUCACGUCGACGCCGGGCAUCCUGUCCUACAACUCGGUGGCGCUCUCGUACCUCCCGCGGCCCGACGGCAAGGUGCUCACGCAGAGCCCGGACAUCCUGGCGGCGACGGGCAAGUACGCGGCCGUGCCCAUGAUCAUCGGCAACCAGGAGGACGAGGGCACGCUCUUCGGGCUCUUCCAGCCGAACCUGACCACGACGGACCGCUUCGUCGACUACCUGCAGAAGCUCUUCUUCAACGGCGCCACAAAGGCGCAGCUGACGACGCUCGUCAACACGUACGACAACGGCGUCGCCGCCGUCAUCUCCGGCAGCCCGCACCGCACCGCCCUCCUCAACGAGAUCUUCCCGGGCUUCAAGCGCCGGUCCGCCGUCCUCGGCGACCUCGUCUUCACCCUGACGCGCCGCGCCUUCCUCUCCCUGACCAAGGCCGCCCACCCCAACGUGCCGGCGUGGUCCUACCUCGCCACCUACAACUACGGCACCCCGAUCCUGGGCACGUUCCACGGCUCCGACCUGCUGCAGGUCUUCUACGGCAUCCUGCCCAACUACGCGUCGCGCCAGAUCCGCACCUACUACACCAACUUUGUCCACGACCUCGACCCCAACGUCGGCAGCGCCGCGCAGUACCCGAACUGGCCGCGCUGGGACCAGGGCAAGAAGCUCAUCAACUUUCUGGCCAACAGGGCCGGCGGCCUGCUGGAUGACAACUUUAGGAGCGACAGCUACGACUUCAUCGCCAAGAACGUCGGCGCUCUCUACAUUUAA